UCCCUGGAGACUGUCGCCACAAACGUGCGUAACUGAAACCUGCAGCCAUGCUGAAACAGAUAUUAUCGGAGAUGUACAUCGAUCCUGACCUGCUGGCAGAACUCAGUGAGGAGCAGAAGCAGAUCCUCUUCUUCAAGAUGAGGCAGGAACAGAUCAGACGGUGGGAGGAAAGAGAAGCUGCUGUGGAGGAGGCAGCAGCAAAGAAGCCACUGCUGAGAAAAGCCAACGGGAAGUCGGUGACAUGGAAGCUCGGCGCUGACAACGAUGUCUGGGUCUGGGUGAUGGGCGAGCAUCCUUCAGAUAAAUCGUACGCAGCCAUCUGUGAAGAGAUCCAGGCACAAAGGGCAAAGCGGUUAGCGAGAGAGCAAGGCAAGGAGGGCAGAGAGACUGACUCUUCUGUAACACGGUCUCUACAUCCACAGCCAGGAGUCCUAGGCAAGACAGAUCUUCACGGGAAUAAAAAAAGCAUUGUGGAGGAAAAGAAGGAAGGGGGGAGAAAAACUGCUGCUGCUGCCACAACAGGGAAAAGCCAGGAGCUCCCAAAGAGGGAAACCAGAGAUGUUCACCAGAUGCUGGCAGACUGCCAUGUGAGGAAGCAUGGCUUCCAACAGAUGAAGGAAGCACAGAGGAGAAACUCCAGAGAAGAGACCACAGCCCCCCAGGAGGCAAUACCACAGAGCCACCUCAGCUCGGAGGGCCAGAAGACACUUCAGAAAUCAGAUGAGAAUGAGCCCGAAUGGCAGGAAUCCUUGCGGAAAUCCAAGGCAGCAGAUGAGAAGAGACGCUCCCUUGCACGGCAAGCCAGGGACGACUACAGGAGGCUUUCACUGCAGGGCAUCCACAGAGGGAAGCAGGCAGAUAUUUCCAAGGGUGCCAGAGCAGGAGAUCGGCGACCGCUCCAAUAUCCACCUCUCCCCCCCAAGCCUAAACUUCUACCUCCUGCAAUGGCAAACGGGAGAGCAAUUAGGAAAGAGGGAAUCCAGAGGACAGUCUCCAAUUCCACCGAAGAAAGUAUCAUCAAGUGGUUCAAAGAGGAGCAAUUUCCUCUCCGAGCCGGCUAUCAGAAAACCACAGACACAAUAGCGCCUUGGUUCCACGGUAUCCUAACUUCUAAGAAAGCAGAGGAGCUUCUGAAUAAAACAGUACCAGGGAGUUUUCUGGUCCGGGUCAGCGAGAAAAUCAAAGGCUACGUGCUCUCCUAUCGGUCUGUGGAAGGAUGCAAACACUUCCUCAUUGAUGCCUCCAGUGAUUCCUACAGCUUCCUUGGAGUGGACCAGCUACAACAUUCAACACUGGCUGACCUCGUAGACUACCACAAGGACGAACCCAUCACUUCCUUGGGCAAGGAGCUGUUGCUUUACCCGUGUGGCCAAGAGGACCAAGAACCGGAUUACAUCUCUCUCUUUGAGUGAACCUCCCAGUCUCACUGUGCAGCCCCGUGCUUGUAUUCGCAAAGACUGAACUUCAAACUAGAGUUGCUGAUGCUUACUUGAAACGGUUGCCAUAAGUGCCUCUGUUU